AUGCGCCCACCCAGUGCCUCUGCCCAGACGGCCACGACCGCCCCCGGUCCCUCGUCAGACGAUCAGAAGAUCCUGCUUUGCUUUGGAGGCUUGAAAAUAGCAGAAGUGGGUGAUGAAGUGGAUGCUGAAGACGAAAAAGCGGAGGAUCCAUCACAAAAUAUCCUGGGCAACCUUCAGGGGAUCAUUAACGAAGAUCUGGGCUUCUCUGGCGAGUUCUCGUUCAUCAACUCAUGGGCGGAGCAACAAUAUCCCAACCCCCUCCUCUCAAUUGACGACUUCGGUACCGUCGGGCUACCCCUAAGCACGCGAGAGGCCGUCGCGAUAAAGGAACACGCUGCGCAGGCUCCGUUUGGCAAGGCUGACAAGACCAUCGUGGACAAGACGGUGCGCGAUACUUGGGAAAUUGACGGGUUCAAGGUCCGCUUCCGCAGCACAACCUGGGCACCAUUCAUGGACUCCCUCGUUCGCGACGUGUGUAAAACUUUGGGCGUCAACUAUAUUGCAAGUAAACCUCGAUGCGAGCUGUACAAGUUGCUGUUGUACGAAAAAGGCUCCCACUUCCUGCCGCACGUCGACACGGAGAAGGUGAAUGGCAUGUUCGCCACGAUCGUUGUCGUCUUGCCCUCCGAGUUCUCAGGUGGCGAGGUUCGAGUCUCGCAUGGUGGAGAAUCCAAGACGUACGAGCAUUCCGCCGACAGUUUGUCAGGCCUGACAGCACUCGCCUGGUACACUGACGUGGAGCACGAAGUGAAGCCCAUCACGUCUGGAUACCGACUCGCCCUUUCCUUCAACCUCCUCCACACGACAACCACUCUCCGCCCUGCGCUGCCGACUUUCGCCGAAGUUAAGCCACGCCUCGAGCACGUCCUCCGCUCGUGGAAACAGGAGCAAGCGAACGGCCCUCAAAAGCUCGUCUGUCUCCUCGAACAUCAAUAUUCUCACGCAGGCUUGAACGGCAGUGGUCUCAAGGGACCGGACGCACACCUUAUUGGACUUCUCCAGGAGAUUGGCGGCCCGCUUGGGUUCCGCAUCGGUUUCGCAAAUCUCGAAAUCGAGCAACGCGGCAGUCUCACGAUUCACGGUGAACCCGCCGACUCGUGGGAGUACAACAGACGACACCGAAGUUAUUACGACGACGAUCAUAGCGACUAUGGAUCGGACGACGUCGACAUGGGAGAGGUCUGUGAAACGGACGUGCAACUAACUCGCUUGGUGGACAUCAACGGCGUACCCAUCCAGAAGGAGCCGCUUCGUUUCGAUCCGAAAACAGAAACCAUCCCAGCGGACUUGACAAAAAGUGUGGUCGCGGGGGCCCAUGACGAGCAAUCAUGGGAAGGGUAUACAGGCAAUGAUUCGGGAUCGCUGGAACGCAUCUAUCGCCGUACGCUGCUCGUUGUGUGGCCCUCCUGGGCCACGUGUUCAAUCCUCGGAGGUGGCAAUACCCAACAUUACGCCUGCACGGCGCUCAGCCAUUGCGAGGGCUCGAAACCUACCGCGGCGGAGCUCGAGAUGGUGAAGAUGCUACUGAAGGACAAGCAAACUCCAAGUUCGGUGAAGGCUCUGUCCUUUGUGGCCACGAAGUGGGGCCGUCAGUCUCUCUGGAUGAGGAUGGCGAGAGCUUGCGGCGAAAUUCCUUUGGUGCAAUUCGAGCACAUCAGAAACGCCAUCGAGACGUUCGGGCUGUUGCCUAUGCUUCCCUGUCUAGAAUCGGCAGUCAGCACCACGCCCUCAGACGUGAUGACAUUCCAGCUUCUCGACAAGCUUGAGGCUUGGCAAGAUAAACAUCUACCUCACGAAAAAUCGGCGAAGCAGUGGUUCAAGGCUCAGCGGUUGAAGCGUUUCUACACGCUCCACGUUCCUGGUGACGACGAUCCUGCUCCGUUGAUUCGGCAAGCUUUGGCAUACGGAGGACUGGAACUCCUUCAAAACACUGUUCUACCACAGACCAAGCAACUGGGUGACAGCCGGUAUCUGCUCAAGAACGCUGUUUGCAUGUAUAUUGAAGUCCAGAUUCCCGACGACGUUCGUAUAGCCAACGCCAAGGAGUUCCUUGCGAAGGCCAUCAACGACGUCGACUUUUACGCCCCGAUGGCAACUACCACCCAGCCUCCGACUGACACGCAACACUAUGAUGCAGCCACGCCAUACAUCAACGCGUGCUUCGAUCUCGAUCGCGAAGACCUUCUACCGACUGCAUUCACCAAGCUGCUCAAGUUCGACGAGUUAGCAAAUGAUACCCUUUUGCGCCGUGUUCAGCACGUCUUGCUUCCUCUCACUGUCUACGUUUCCGAGAUCUUGAAAAGACGUCAAAACGAUCGCGCAAGGCCUCCGGAAAUGGAAGAGUUCUGUGAGGUGAUCAUUGGAAAGUACAUGCUCGCCGUGGCAGGAGUGUCAGCGGGGUUCCAAGCAGAGGAUGUAGGACGUCUCAUGGAGGCGGUGGCAAUGUGCGGGAACCCUGAUGUUCUGCUCACGACUGUUCUUCCAGGGCUUGAACAGCUCCGUCUGACGCCGGCACAGUUACAAGGCUUCAUCCUUCAGCUCCGCCCUCACGCGACCACUGUAGAUGGCUCCGUCGCAGACCCCGUCCAAGUUCUCCAAGAACGCCUGCUCAACAAGUGGUCCAGCGCAGUGGAGGUAGCUGCACCGUUGCCAUCCGCCAACACCAACCCGUACCCCUGGCUGCAUCAACGCUCCACCACCCCGCCAAAGCCCUUCUUGCAAGCGCUCGACUUCUGCCUCGCCCACAAACACCCGGAUGCCGGCGCCCACAUCGUGCAACGCCUCACUCAACCUCCGUCUUCGACGCUCACCGCCAACUACGUCGAGCAGACGCUCGUUCCGCUGAUCCUCGGCGUCCACGCUCUGCUUCGCAAGUACGCGCUUCCACCCUCCGCACCUCCCUACGCCGCGUUCUUCCGCGCCGUCGCGCUGCACUACGCGCAGACCGUGCUCGGCCCCUGCCCGCGCGACCCCGCACCCCAGAUCGCGGCGCUCGGGCGCUGGAAGUGCGCAUGCACGCACUGCAGCACCGUGCGGCAGUUCCUCACGGCGCAGAAUGCAAACGAGGGCACGACGCGGCUCUCGCGCAUCGGGAACAGCAGCUGCAGGCACGUUGAAGACAGCGUCUCGGCGUACGCCCGCGACCUCGCGGUCGGCGAGAUCAUCCGCUCGAAGCCGCAGAGCUUCCAAGUGACCAAGAAAGCGCUGCUGGCCCAGCACGAGUGGUGGAAGACGAAGCAGCAGGAGAUUGUCAAGUUGCUCGCGCUGAUCAACGCCGACUCAUCGCAGCUGGAGGCCAUCCUCGGAGACGACCACGCGAGGAUCACUGCGCUCAUGCGCGGUGAGCCGCCCGCCUCUGGGGCCUCCAAGACGAAAUCGACCUCGAGCGCCGCCGGCUCGCAGACACCCGCUCUCGGUGCGGCUACGUCAGCAUCAACCAACGGACCACCUGCGGUAGCUACCAUGGUGAGCGGAAAGACGUCGUUGGUCCGGACAGCACCGCCGACGCGGGCUUCUCCGCCCGCAAAGCGGAAAAAGGCUGCCUACGACCCGGCGGAUGUGAUAGAUCUCACGAGCGACUAG